AGAACACACAACUGAGAGGACAAAACACAGGUCUACAGCAGCAGUGGACGCCGUUUACCAGUGACAUCGGACACUUAAAGGACGAACAGAAUGACAAGAAAAGUAUUCACCAACACACGAGAGCGGUGGCGCCAGCACAACGUCAACACUGCCUUCGCUGAGCUCCGAAAGCUGAUUCCCACCCAUCCUCCCGAGAAGAAAUUAAGCAAGAAUGAGAUCCUACGUCUGGCCAUGCGUUACAUCAACUUCCUGGUGCAAGUGCUGGAGAAGCAGAGUCCAGCGUCCAGCCCCUCGUCCACAGCUCUGCUCACCUUGCUCCGGGACAACAUGGAGCAGCUACACUCCCCCCCUCAGCCCUGGACCCUCAUCAGUGACACAGAGCUCCCGUCUCCGGGCUCCUCCUGUGACAGCUCUGAAGCCUGGUAGACAUUAAAUGGGUUUCUUGUCUGUGGAUUGUGGCUGAAGUAUUUUCUCGUUCUGGUUGAUGCAAAAACACCAGAUGCAUCCGUGUUUAUGGACACUUUGUAAAGUUAAAAUGUCAUGCACUGU